AUGGCUAAGUCUGCUCGUUCCAAGACUGUUCGCAGAAACAAAAGAGCUCUCCGUGCAAACGUGUUUCAACCCGUAGUUGAUGAACGAACAAAGAGACUUUCAGCUCACCUUCAAGAUCAAGUAAAUGACUUGACAAAGUCUCCUGCCAACCGAGAUGAAAAGGUCGCAGAUAAAGCUGUAGAAGAAGUUACCUCCGAGGCUCCCGCAGGUGGCUCUAUGGAUGAGGAUAAGCCUAAGGUAUCUACAUCUGGUCCUCGUGACAAUAAUAGAAAUCGCUGGGCCCAGAAGCAUCUAAAGCAAGGAAAGCGUCAAAAGCAAAAUUCAUUCGCAAAGUUCAUGAGGAAAAAAUAA